AAAGAUUAUGUGAAUUAUGCAAAAGUGGACUGGAGUAAUCAGGUGAAAAAUGUUCGCGGUGUUAUAGAGGAUACAUUGAUACGACUGGAGGAAUUCCAAUCGAUUGUUGCAAUGGUGGAGAAUAGCAGUGCUGAAUGCAUGCAGCAACAUCUUCCAAAGUUACAACAAAUGAAAGAUGGUAUGGCAACUCUUCGCAAUAGGAUAGAUGCACUAGAGCACAUUGUUGCAAUGGCAAAUAUGAAUUUAAGUACGUUGGAAGCUGCUGUAGACAAGGCAGAGGCUGAUCUAGGUGUAUCAGAUAGAUUAUUCGGGAUAUUGAAUCCUCUAUCAUUUUUUAAGAAAACUCAUGAACCAGUUGCAUCAAGUACAACAUCAGUAUAUAAAUCACCCGUAAUUUAUAAAUCUGAUGACUACUUUCAAAGAGAAUAAGAAACAUAUACAUAAAAAGAGGCUUAGGUUGUG